AUGGUGGCAGCAAAAGCAUUAGUGCUUCUAAGCACGAUUUCUACUUCGGUUCUUGCGGCUGAAGCUACGAGACCAAGAGGUGUUGGUCCUGAAUUUGCGAAAUUCUACAAGUCAACAGACAAAUUCACAUGUCUUUCAAACCCCUCCAUUUCAAUCGAUAUCUCCAAAGUAAACGAUGAUUACUGCGAUUGUCCAGAUGGAAGUGACGAGCCAGGCACAAGUGCCUGUACUUAUCUAUCCAAUCUCUCCCCUCCUCAACCAUUACAAGGCACCACUGGUUCAAGUCCACACAACACAAGUUUAGCUUUGCCAGGAUAUUACUGCAAGAACAAGGGUCAUAUACCAACUUAUGUUCCUUUUACAUAUGUAAAUGAUGGAGUCUGCGAUUAUGAGUUGUGCUGUGAUGGGAGUGAUGAGUGGGAGAAUGUUGGCGGUACAAAAUGUGCGGAUAAAUGUGCGGAGAUCGGAAAGGAGUGGAGGAGAUUAGAUGAUAUUAGGACGAAGGCACAAGUCAAGGCCAACAAGAAGAGGGAUGAACUGGUCAAUGAAGCGCAGAGGUUGAGAGCAGAUGUGCAGAUGAGUAUUGGCAGGACGGAAUUGGAGAUUAGUCAAUUAGAGAAGAAAGAAGAGGAGCUCAAACAAAAAUAUGAGGAGGUGGAGAGGAAGGAGAGAGGGAAGGUUGUUAAGACCUCGGAGGGGAAGACCAGCAAGGUCUCAAUCUUGGCAUUAAUGGCUAAAACUCGAGUUGCGGAAUUGAGAGAUGCUUUGACGGGUGUUCAAGCAAAGAAAGUGGCUUUGCAGAAUAAGGUCAACGAGCUGGAAGGAAUUUUGGCAAGAUUUAAGGAGGAGCGUAACCCUAACUUCAACGAUGAAGGUGUCAAGAGAGCAGUCAAAGCUUGGGAGGAUUAUGCUGCUACGAAGGAUGCUAGUGAAGCAGAAGAUACUGAAAGUCAAGACGCUGCUGUGGAUGAAACGGCUAAGGCUGAGAAUGAUGGGAUUGAAUGGGAGACCUGGGAGAACGAUGAGGAGGAGAGCGAUGUUGAUGCUCUUUACAAAUUCGAAGAAUACCUCCCAGAAUCCAUCCGUACCUGGGUUCACCAAAAGGUCACCGAUCUCCAUAUCAUCCUCAUUGAAAAUGGCGUUCUGGCUGAUAACGCCAAUUCUGGCUCCGAAUCUAAAUCUGUCCAAGAUGCGAGAAAUGCUUAUCAAGCUGUCAGUGACGAUGUUGGUGCCAAACAGAACACCCUUUCUGAUCUCAAAUCCGACCUUGAAAAAGACUAUGGUGUAGAUGAUAUUUUCCGCGCUCUCAAAGGCUCCUGUGUAUCCAAGGAUUCGGGUGAAUAUGACUACGAACUCUGCUGGAUGGAAAAGACGUCACAGAAGUCCAAAAAGGGUGGCGGAAAUACUGGCAUGGGUAACUUUGUCCGAUUUGAUAAAAUAGAAGUUGACGAAGAAGUCGAUGCCGGGGGUAAGGGCCUUGGCAAGGGAGUCAGAACCACUUUGGUAUAUGAGAAUGGGCAACAUUGUUGGAACGGACCGAACAGGGCCACGACUGUUGUGUUGGCUUGUGCUGAGAAAGAUGAGAUUUGGAAGGUUGUGGAGAUGGAGAAGUGCAAUUACCGGAUGGAUGUUGGGACUCCGGCGGUUUGUGAGAGGGUUGUUAAGGGAGGCCCUAAGAAGGAUGCGAAGGAUGAAUUGUAG